AUGCCAACCACGCUGAGCGAAUACCAUUUGAGGCUCAUCAGGUGGCAGACGGCUAUGUUAAAAGAGCUGCAGGUCGAAGAGGUUUUCUACCACAUCCCAACCGAGGAGUACCGCUGCUGGAUUCGAGAGGUCGAGGUGGCAGCAGGGCGUAGACUACCAGAACAGCAUGUUCUCCUGGAGAGCUUUGCAUCCCGAGUCAUGCAGCACGUCCAAGAGCAUGUACCUGCUUCUUGCAAGCUGCAUUUCAUCGAGCCCAUGAAGACGGAGAAUCUUGAAAGUCCUGUUGAAUCAUUCCUGUGGCCAUACCUGAAUGUGGAAAGCUUGACCGACCGCUCCGAAGUUGCUGCCUUUGAGGAUCUGCUGGAGUUGCGUCUGGGCGAGGAGGCUUUCCAAAGGUCACUCACCAGGCAAGAGAGGGAGGGAACAAGAAAGGCCGUCCACGUGCACUGUCGGCUGAUCAAGAUGUCGGGAAACCUAGUGGCAAGUGUAAUUUGCGGUUUCUCCUGGAACACAGCAGACUUCUUUGGCAAUUCCUCUUGGCCGCUUGCCUUGAUCGGAAGUUGGUGGUUCAGAUCGCCAUUCUUUCUGCUAGUGCUCCCCACCCUGGAGUGCGCGAUGCUGAUGCUUCUAAUGGCAAAGAUGCAAGGAGAAGAGAUCUUGCUGUCUUUCGGAAUCUCAGACGCCUGGGUCUCGGGGGUUGCAGCGCAGAUCCUAAACAAUGUCACGAUUCCAGCUGUGGGGCUCUCGUCGGUUUGUAUUUUGGGCGAACGCUUCACGAAGCGCGAGCUCUUUGGCACCUUUGUGGUCCUCUGUGGCAUCUUUAUUGGUGUGAUGCCGCAGAUGCACAAGUCAAGUGACCAUUUAGAGUCUAACCCGUUCUGGGCCAUCCUGCUCUACACGUGCAGUGUUAGCGUUUUGGGUGUGCAGAUGACCAUUCAAGAUCGCGCUUGCCGUGCUGGCAUACCACCAGCAACUGUGAUUUUUUGGUAUAGUCUCCUGGCUGUGCCUGUAUACCUUGUGUUGACGCCAUGUGAGACGGUUGCAUACAUCAACGGAAGAACAACAGGCGAGCCAUUAGAUAACCUUGCGUGGAACCAGCUUCGGUCUCUUCGCUGCAUGGCCGGUGCUCCAAUGCCUGGUGACGUGCCUGAGUUCUGCUCGCAAGACGCUUGGCUUUGGCUGCAGGUUUGGAGUGUUGGCUACUGUGCGCUGUUCUUCUUGAAUGCUGUCCAGAUGUGCUACUUUAAUGCUUUUUGGGUAGCCAUCGUAAACACAGCUGGUGCACCGCUUUCUGCCGUCGUCUUCACCAGCAGCAUAGUCGGCAAAUCAAAGCAAGAAGUUGAUUGGCCCUGUACAAUCGCCUCGUUUUCUUUGAUUCUGCUCGGGAUUCUUCUUAAAGGAGUCCCUGACAGCCAGAAUGAGCAGUGCCUGGCUUUAGAACUGACUCCAGGUGGCCAACAUGUGCAGGCUGACUAUUGA